AUGCUCUCAAAGGCACUCUUCUCCAUUCUGCUCGGUGGCGCCGCCAUGCCCUUGCUGGCAUCGGCCCAGUCCUGCUCCGUCGCCAGCAACCUCGACAUCACCUUCUAUGGCAACCCGGACAACGACCCGGCCGGCAGCACUGCCACGGCGUACGACUGCGGCGCGGGGCGCAACUUCAACGCUGGCGGAAGUGGCAGCUACAACGACCCGCUGACGUUUGCCACUGCCCAGGGCGAGUUCAAGACGUGCGAGAUUGUGUACUUUCCUUAUAUCAAGAAGUACAUUCGCAUGGAGGACUAUUGCCAAACUUGCACCGAGGACUGGGCCGUGGGCCGCUGGCACAUCGACAUCUGGACCGGCAACAACGUCAACGGCGGCAACACGCAGGUCCAGUGCGAGAACAGCUUGACCCCAGGCCCGGAUCAGUGGGUUAUCCGCAACCCUUCGCCCAACUUGGAGGUUGACUUGACGGAGCUGUUUGUCAACCCACGCACCUGCAACACCAACCACGUCUACCUGAACAACCCAGCAAGCAAGUACUGCUCCACCGGAAGCAACCCCGGCGGCGGCUGCCAGACCGACUGUGCUUGGCAGGGCCACUGCCUGGGCUGCUCCUGCGCGACCUUUAAUGACUGCGACGAGGAUUUCAUCUGCACCAACGGUGUGUGCUCCCACUGA